UUCCUAACCAGCGCAAACCAAUCGCUCCCGCGCCUCAACCUUACAAACCUUGAGGAGAUUGAUCUUUCCUGCAAUGUCUUCGACCACCCAGUUGCAUCCUGCUGGUUUUGGAACGUGACGAGUCUGAAGCACCUCUACGUGGGUGCAACUUCCCUGCACGGACAGCUUCCAAGAACACUGGGAGACAUGGUAUCCCUUCAAGUGCUAGGAAUGUGCUGCAAUCGUAAUAACUUGAGCAUCGCGGCAACGAGCCGACGAACUUGGAGAAACUUUGCAACUUGACGGUUCUAUACCUUGAUGCAUCUCUCUCGUAUGGAAAUGUAGCAGAACUGUUUGAGAGGUUGCCGCAGUGUUCAUCGAACAAGUUGCAGGAGUUGCAUCUGCAGUCAAACAACCUGGGAGGGUCCCUACCAAACUCCAUGGGCAUUUGACCAGUUUAGCCAUUCUUCAACUCCAUGGGAACGACAUCACAGGGUCUGUCCCAGCGUCCAUAGGGAAUUUUACGAAUUUGAAGAGGCUGGACCUCUCUGCUAACCACCUUACUGGGCAUGUGCCAUCUGAAAUAGGCAUGCUGGGCAAUUUAACUAGACUGGAUCUAGGACACAAUGACUUGGGUGGCCUCAUCACAGAAGAACACAUGGACGGUUUACAAAGCUUAAAAUACAUGUAUUUAUCUGAUAAUCAGUUGAAAAUUGUUGUGGGUUCAGAAUGGCUACCUACCUUCAGGCUACAGGAAGCAGUUUUUGCAUCUUGCCAGAUGAGUCCUUCAUUUCCCACAUGGCUUAAAUCCCAAGUGGAUCUUCUUUUGCUCGAUAUCUCAAGCACAGGUAUAAGUGCUAGGCUCCCAAAUUGGUUUUGCAAUACAUUUUCAAAGGUCAUAAACUUGGACUUCUCCAAUAAUCAAAUCAGCGGUGGCUUGCCAAUAAAUAUGGAUAUCAUGUCAUUGGAAUAUCUAUAUUUAAGUUCAAACGAUUUAACCGGUCAAAUACCUCUGUUGCCAAGAAACCUUAGCUUGCUGGAUAUCUCAAGAAACGCUUUCUCAGGACUGUGGCCAUUGCCAUCAAAUUCUGGAGCACCAAAGCUAAGAGGGAUUAUACUAUAUUCUAAUUACAUUAGAGGUCAGAUCCCAACAUCUAUAUGUGAAUUAGGCUUGUAUGCAUUGGAUUUGGCCAAUAAUCUUUUUGAAGGAGGACUCCCCCAAUGUUUAAACAUGACAGAUAUGACCUAUCUAAUAUUAAGUAACAAUGGCUUCUCUGGGAGAUUCCCAACAAUUCUAGAAACCUGCACAAGUCUAUCUUUUCUUGAUCUAUCACAUAAUAGAUUCUCCGGAAGAUUGCCCAUGUGGAUCGGGAGUUUGAGGUCAUUACAGUUUUUGCGACUGAAUCACAACAUGUUCUAUGGGAAUAUUCCGAGAAAUAUUACAGCUCUCACAAAUCUUUAUCAUUUGAAUCUUGCAGCCAACUGGAUAUCAGGUGUCAUACCUCCGCAACUCUCAAAUUUGACGUUUAUGACAAGAAGAUAUAUACUAGAUCCUGAUGAAAUCAUCCAUGGGUUCCAAGUAAUAGUUGGUGAGUUAUCAAUAGAAACCAAGAGGCAACAAUUAAAUUACCGAGGUUAUGGUGCUUUGGAGAUACUAAGCAUUGACUUCUCAUCCAACUAUUUAACUGGUAAAAUUCCAGAGGUAAUAACAUCUCUUGCUGGGCUGGUAAAUCUGAAUUUAUCUCGGAACCAAUUGAAUGGAGAAGUUCCAGACAAGAUUGGGGCCAUGCAGUCAUUGGAGUCACUCGAUUUUUCCAAUAACAAUCUUUCAGGAGAAAUCCCAUCAAGCAUAUCAAAUUUGACAUUUUUAAGCAUUCUGGACUUGUCUAACAAUAAUAUGACAGGAAGAAUACCAUCAGGACGUCAACUUGACACACUCUACAUUAAUAGUCCCUCAAUGUAUGAUGGAAAUAUUGGUCUAUGUGGGCCUCCUCUUCAAAGGGACUGUCCAACGAACAAUAACACAUCUGCACAUGGAGAUGAAAAGAGAGAUAAAAACCAUUCUAUGCCAAUGUCCUUGUUCUUUGGACUUGGCAUCGGAUAUGUUGUUGGUCUCUGGGCGUUUUUUUGUGCCCUGCUGUUCCACAAAGCCUCGAGGAUUGCUUAUUUUCUCGUACUUGACAAGUUCUAUGAUGAAAUUUAUGUUUUUGUGGUUGUAACUUGGAAAAGGUAUAUAAGAAAGGCAGACAUAAGCUGAGUGCUUAUAAUCAACUAAGGCUAGCGUGGCUUCCACUGGCUACUGGAAUCGUGUGCCAUGAAUACUUGAGGGUAAAUCGACUGUGAAGUUUUUAACACCUAUAGAUUGUGCAUCUUAUUUUCGGCGAAGUUUGAAAUGAAUGUUCAUGUAAAGUCGAUAAUGCAUACAUACACAAUGUUAUUAAUAAAACACAAUGAA